CGAGCCUUAUUGGAGAGCGAGGCAGGGCCUACGUCGAUCGGCGGGAUGGACGACGACGUCGACGCCGGCGAGAUCUACGCGGUCGACCGGCAGCGAGAGGAGGGAUCGGCGUCGGCGGCUGCGUUCUCGCGGUCGCCGUCCACUGGGAGGGUCGACGACGACGAUGAUGACCUGCUCACCUACGGCCGAUCAGCCCGCCGGAUGGCGGCGCUGCCGGCGCCGGCCAUGCCGGAGGGCACCGAGCUGCGGCGACCAGUAGGCGGUGACGUCGUCGGCGACGACGACUACCUCCGCUUCCUCUACAAGUUCAAGGAACGUUUCGAUCGGGUUGGUAUUAAACUGCCGACAAUUGAGGUGAGGUACAAGAACCUGAAUGUAGAAGCAGAGUCAUAUGUUGGCAGCAGGGGCCUUCCCACCAUUCUCAAUACCUAUGCCAACAUAUUGAAGGGCCUGGCGAAUACUCUUCACAUGACAACAAGAAGUAAGCAAAAAAUAUCUGUCCUUCACAAUGCUAGUGGGAUCAUCAAGCCUCACAGAAUGACCUUGCUAUUAGGUUCUCCUGGCUCUGGAAAAACAUCACUGUUGUUGGCCUUGGCUGGAACACUCCCAUCAACCGUAAAAGUAUCGGGGAUGAUAACUUACAAUGGGCAUACAAUGGACAAAUUUAUACCCCAAAGAUCCGCAGCUUAUGUUAGCCAACAUGAUCUGCAUAUGGCUGAACUGACAGUUCGUGAGACAAUCAAUUUCUCUGCAAAGUGUCAAGGAGUUGGCCAUCACUAUGAUCUGUUUCUAGAACUAUUGAGAAGAGAAGAGGAAGAAAACAUUACACCAGAUCCUGAAACUGAUAUAUAUUUGAAGGCAGCUACAACAGGAGAGGAGAAAGCUGAGAUAGUUACAAAUCACAUACUAAAGAUUUUGCGGUUGGAUAUAUGCGCCGACACAAUUGUAGGUGAUAAUAUGUUGAGAGGCAUAUCUGGAGGGCAAAAAAGGUGACUAACUACAGCUGAGAUGCUUGUCACACUAGGACGAGCUCUUUUCAUGGACGAGAUAUCAAAUGGACUUGAUAGCUCAACAACAUUCCAGAUAGUGAACACCAUCCAACAAACCAUUCAUGUUCUUGGUGGAACAGCUGUCAUUGCUUUGCUACAGCCUGCACCCGAGACAUAUGAAUUAUUUGAUGAUAUAAUUCUCCUCUCAGAUGGUCAAGUUGUCUAUAGUGGCCCUCGUGAUCAUGUGCUUGAGUUCUUUAAAUCGUUGGGAUUCAAAUGCCUAGAAAGAAUAGGUGUAGCUGACUUCUUGCAAGAAGUUACAUCAAGGAAAGAUCAGAAACAAUACUGGAUACAUGGCGAUGACACAUAUCGAUAUAUUCCUGUUACAGUGAUUGCCGAGGCAUUUCAGUGUUUCCAUGUCGGCCAGGCAAUAAGAAGUGAGUUGGCAAUCCCAUUUGAUAACAGCAAGAGCCAUAUUGCAGCGCUGAAAACAUCAAAGCAUGGUGUCAACUUGAAAAAAAUACUUAAAGCUAACAUUGACAGAGAGAUAUUGCUGUUGAAAAGAAAAUCAUUUCUAUAUAUAUUCAAUGCACUUCAGUUAACACUAGUGGCGAUAAUUGCAAUGAGUGUCUUUAUCCAUACAAAUAUGCAUCAUGACUCGAUAGAAAACGGGAGGAUGUACAUGGGAGUGCAGUUCUUUGGUACGUUGGCAAUAAUGUUUAAAGGGUUGGCAGAAAUGGGAGCAGCUCUUGCAAAUCUCCCAGUUUUUUUCAAGCAAAGGGAUCUACUCUUCUAUCCAGCAUGGACAUAUUCCUUGCCAUCAUGGAUCAUUAAGACUCCAAUCUCCUUCCUUAAUACAAUAAUUUGGGUCUCCAUAACAUACUAUGUUAUUGGAUUUGAUCCAAAUAUAGAGAGAUGUUUUAGACAAUUCCUUGUGCUUUUUGUAAUGUCCGAGGCAAUAUGUGGACUUUUCCGUUUCAUUGCUGCUCUUACAAGGCAUCCAGUUGUUGCAAGCACCGUGAGUGAAUUCUGUAUACUAAUAGUUAUGGUUUCAAGCGGAUUCAUCCUAUCAAGAGAUGAAGUUAAAAAAUGGCUGAUAUGGGAGUACUGGACAUCACCCCUGAUGUAUGCACUAAAUGCCUUAGCAGUAAAUGAAUUCCUAAGUCCCAGCUGGAAUGAGGCACUACCUGGUUUUAGAGAACCACUUGGAAGGUUAGUUCUGGAAUCUCGUGGGGUUUUCCCGGAGGCCAAAUGGUAUUGGAUUGGUCUUGGUGCCUUGCUUGGAUAUGUGCUUCUGUUCAAUAUCCUCUACACCAUCUGCCUCUCAAUUCUCACAUUACUUAAAAGAAAUGUGCGAGAAAUGUCUCAGGAAACAUUGCAGAUAAAACUAGAAAAUUUAACCGGUUAUGAUCAAGAGCCAUCAUCUGGAGGCCGAGUUACCAAUGAUAAAAGAUACACUGAGGGUGGCAACAAUGAUGAAGCAACUUCAAGCAAUGCAAAUCAUAAUUCUAGUCCAGCCAGGAAAGGAAGUAUCCUGCCUUUUGUACCCGUUUACAUGACAUUUGAAGAUAUAAGAUACAGUAUAGACAUGCCAAAGGCACUGAAAGUACAGGGUAUGGCAGGGAGUCGGUUGGAACUACUGAAGGAUCUUAGUGGUUCAUUUAGGCCAGGAGUGCUUACAGCACUUAUGGGUAUCAGUGGUGCAGGCAAGACAACAUUGUUGGAUGUGUUAGCUGGGAGGAAGACCAGUGGACACAUACAUGGUAAUAUUACUGUAUCUGGCUAUCCGAAGAAGCAAGAAACAUUUUCUCGAGUUUCAGGAUAUUGUGAACAAAAUGAUAUCCAUUCACCAAAUCUAACUGUCUAUGAAUCCCUUAUGUUCUCAGCAUGGCUUAGAUUACCAGCCGAAAUUGAUUCUAUGGCAAGAAAGAGAUUUAUUGAUGAGUUCAUGGAGCUUGUGGAGCUCUUUCCCUUAAAAGAUGCAUUGGUUGGAUUGCUUGGCUUGAGUGGAUUAUCAACUGAACAAAGGAAACGGCUAACAAUAGCAGUGGAACUAGUUGCAAACCCAUCUAUCAUAUUCAUGGAUGAACCAACAUCUGGACUUGAUGCACGAGCAGCAGCCAUUGUCAUGAGGACAGUAAGGAAUAUUGUGGACAUGGGAAGAACUGUUGUUUGCACAAUCCACCAACCUAGUAUUGAUAUAUUUGAAUCAUUUGAUGAGCUCUUCCUAAUGAAAAGAGGAGGUGAAGCAAUUUAUGUAGGUCCAUUAGGACAACAUUCAUGUGAAUUGAUCAAAUAUUUUGAGUCUAUUGAAGGUGUCAGGAAGAUAAAACAUGGCUACAAUCCUUCAACAUGGAUGCUGGAAGUGACUUGUACAUUGCAGGAACAGAUAACUGGGGUUAACUUUACUCAAGUAUACAAGAAUUCUGAACUAUAUAGGAGGAACAAAAAUUUGAUAAAGGAGUUAAGCACACCCCAUGACGGUUCAAGCGACUUAUUGUUUCCAACUAAAUAUUCACAGACCUUUGUUAUACAAUGUUUGGCUUGCCUCUGGAAGCAACGUUUGUCAUAUUGGAGGAAUCCUCCAUAUAUUGCUGUGAAUUUCUUCUUCACCGUUGUAAUUGCACUAUUGUUUGGAACAAUGUUCUGGGGCGUUGGUAGAAAAAGGCAAAGUCAACAAGCCUUGCUCAGUGCCAUGGGUUCCAUGUAUUCCACAUGUUUCACUCUAGGAGUGCAGAACUCUUCUUCAGUUCAACCAGUUGUCAAUAUUGAACGCACGGUCUUUUACAGGGAAAGAGCAUCUCACAUGUACUCGCCUUUGCCAUAUGCCUUGGGGCAGGUUGUAGUUGAACUUCCUUACAUCUUCCUCCAAACCUUGAUAUAUGGUGUGAUAGUGUAUUCUAUGAUGGGAUACGAGUGGACAUGCACCAAGUUUUUUUGGUACAUGUUCUUCAUGUACUUCACUCUAUCAUACUUCACAUUUUAUGGCAUGAUGGCGGCAGGUCUAACUCCAAACUACACCAUGUCCUCUAUUGUUUCCACAACUUUCUAUGCCAUAUGGCACCUUUUCUCUGGAUUUCUAAUACCAAAAACAAGAAUUCCAAUAUGGUGGAGAUGGUACUAUUGGAUUUGCCCUGUUGCAUGGACAAUCAAUGGGUUGGUUACUUCACAGUUUGGGGAUGUAGAUGACAAGUUUGAUAACGGUGUGCGUGUAUCUGACUUUGUUGAGAGCUACUUUGGUUACAAUCUUGACUUGUUAUGGGUGGCUGCUAUGGCCGUUGUGUCAUUUGCAAUUCUUUUUGCCAUCCUUUUCGGAUUCUCACUUAAGCUAUUCAACUUCCAAAAGAGAUAAUUCAUAUGUACUAGAGUUUCAUAAUUUGAUUAGCCCGGAUAAAACACAUAUUAUAAUAGAAGAUAUUUUCAAUAAUUUUAAAGUAUUUAAAUAAUAGCAGAUAGCUUGUCUACAAGCACCAACCAAUAGCCAUGCCGGAGAUUCGUCUUGUAACCGGAUUAUUUGAGUUUGCAAUACUGAUUGCUUUUGCAUAGAAAUAUAAAUUGGUUAAAAAAAUCGAGACACUAUAAAAUAUGAAAGAAAAAAAUAUGCGUUCUUUUCAGUAAGAGUAGAAUAUACUCAUAUAUCAGCUAUGCGC